AUGGAUGGCGACGGCUUCAGUUUGGGCCACGCCGCUUAUUUGCUCAUGGUGGGGAAUUUUACGGGGAACCUUACGUCCGCCUUUCUAAAUGGAUCUACCGGAGGGGAGGAUACUUACUACUUCUACCAGACAGAACAAGUGACCUUCCUCUGCAUUCUCCUCGCUCUCAUUGUUUGCGGGAACUCCGCGGUCCUGGUGGCCAUCUUGAAAUCCAAGAGGAGAUCAUCCCGCAUGAACUUUUUCAUCAUCAAUCUGGCGAUUGCAGACUUGAGCGUCGGCCUUUUGAAUGUUCUACCGGACACGAUAUGGAAGAUCACGGUGGAAUUCAUGGCAGGUGACGCAGUCUGUCGAACUGUUCGCUACAUGCAAGGCGUCGUCACAUACGCAUCUACUUACGUCCUGGUGGCUCUGAGUAUAGACAGACUAGACGUCAUAGCUAGACCCAUGUACUUUACUAGAGCAGGAGCUCGAUCUAAAUGGCUAAUUGGUACAGCCUGGACGAUUUCUUUCCUGUUCGCUUUGCCGAUGACUUCCAUCAACGAGUUGGUGUUUAAAGACGGAAUUUGGCAAUGCUGGAUUAACUUCCCCGAGCACUGGCACUGGAAGCUUUACAUCACACUUAUUGCAAUCGUUCUCUUCAUCUUACCUGCUAUUUUCAUCGCCAUCUGUUACAUCGUCAUCGUGCUAAUCAUCUGGAACCAUGGCACUGUCAGUGACGGCGGAGCAAGGUUUGCCAGGAAGAGACUAUUGCCCCGAGGAGACAGUUGUGAGAGCUGCAGGAAUGGAAAUAUUGAACUUAAACAGGCCUCAAGUAGUCGGGGAGUUAUUCCAAAGGCCAAGAUUAAAACGAUAAAGAUGACAUUAACAAUAGUUACGGUUUUCAUCUGUUGCUGGAGCCCGUUUUUCGUUUUCGACCUUCUCGAUGUGUAUGGCCACAUUCCCAUGAGUCAGGAAAAAGUCGCCAUAUCCACAUUCAUACAGAGUUUAGCCCCUUUAAACAGCGCCGCCAAUCCGGUUAUCUACACACUGUUCAACACUAAGAUCUGCCGAGCGGUUUUCUCCUGCCAGGUUUCCUCCCACCAU